CACCUAUGAAGUCGUCAAUUGAUACCCAGGCGAUGGACCAUGCAGGUGCCUGCAGUUCUGAAUUUUUCUAUCCACCCGAGUGCCUGCUUCCAGCGUCCGAAAGCUUCCGGCACUGUCUCUCGUCGACAGAACGAGUGGACUCUCUCUCUUAUCCACUCGGCUCCUACUACCGCCCAGAAGUCGGCGCUCUCUCUGAAAUCACGAGUCUGGCUGUCGCCGAAGGGGCCAUGAAGCCUCCGUACUCGUACAUCGCUCUUAUCACGAUGGCCAUUCGCAGCACUCCUGAGCAGAAGAUAACGCUCAGUGGCAUCUACAAGUUCAUCAUGGACCGGUUUCCCUUCUAUCACCACAACAAGCAAGGCUGGCAGAAUUCCAUCAGACACAACUUGUCCCUCAACGACUGCUUCGUCAAACUGCCGCGCGAGAAGGGCAAACCAGGAAAGGGUCAUUACUGGACGUUGGGCGCCAACUGCGAGUCCAUGUUCGAGAACGGAAACUUCAGGCGCAGGAAACGCAGGAAGAAACAGCCCGCGAUUGAUAUGGAUCACCCGGCCGAGGUCACCUUUACUAAGCAUGAACGACUCUUCGCCGCCGCAGCAGCAGCCGCCGUGGCGGGGCGACCGUACCACGAGCUUGACCUGUCAACACCCGUCAGAUUGCCGCUACCGACUAGCGCGCUGCGGUCUCCCGAGAUGCUCGCGCGGCCUGAACUUGGCCCACCGGCGACGCCCGCAGACACGGCGAAAGCUGACGGACGGCUCAACAGCUCUUUUACCAUUGAUAGUAUCAUGAGGCGGCCCUCGAGAGCAACGUCGAAUCGAACGGAAAUGGGUGCGCCGCUGCUACACGUACCGCGACUGGGCGCCGGCUGCGGGGGAAGCACGUUGUUCGACCGUUUGCCCUCUUUCUCGUUACCGAUGUAUUUAGAAAAAAGCUGGUUGACGUCGGAGCGCUUUGGUCAAAUGCAAGAACAGCAGCCUGGCGUUUCCUUGUUCUCUCCUCUGAGUAGGUACGAGGUGCUCCCGAGUUGCAAGCGCUCACUCGUCUCAGCUGACACGGAGGCGACCUUCAAUGCCUUCCCGCCGCUACUGAAGGUCGAACUUGGUGAAGAAAGGACUCCCACGCCGUGACGUGCACGGAGUUUGUGCAUUUAUAAUAUGCGCUUUUCAUUAUGAUGUGAUUUAUUUAUGAUAUAUUCCUGAAGGUGUGUCUUCAACCAGAAUAAAGGUAACUGACGCGUAGUCGGAUCCUGAACAAUCAGUAUCAGUCGCUCCAACGAGAGGCACCGCAAGUUUUAGAACCAGGCUUGCAUUCAAAAUCAAUUAAAGCACACAAGAAGAAACGACAGAUAUAGCCCAUCAUAAUAAAAGAAAGAAUGCAAUCCAAUUUAUUUGAAGUGGCAAUAAAUUGAUUUUUUGUAUUUG